AGACGGCUUAUAACAUGUACUGAUGAGUUGACCGCGGGUAGCUACCCCUCCAACCUCUCAAUUUCGCGCCUUUGAUAGCUUCAGGACUGAUGAUUGGGGCUUUUUGUCAAUAUUGCCGAGUCUUCCAUCGUGGCAGUCCUGAGGUAGGAACUCAUAAUGUCACGUCUUAGAACACUCGUUGCUUUGCUGGUGACUGAUGCUAUUGAAUUAUAGUGGCUCAACACGCUCUCCACCGCAACCACAUCUCUGGUAACUCUAUGGAAUCUGAACUUGCAUACCCCCUGACAGCCAAAGAGCCAUUCAACAAUCCUGACGCCGACGUGAUCAUCCGAACUUCUGAUAAAGUCGACUUUCGAAUCUUCAAAUGCAUGCUUUCACUCACAUCUUCCGUCUUCAAAGAUUUGCUUGCUCCUGGAGGCCUUAAGUUCGAAUUUUAUGCAGACCCUACAUCUAUCCCUACCAUUACUGUGUCGGAAAACAUCACGACGAUAGACUCGCUACUCAGGCUGGUCUAUCCAGGCGCAAUUUAUCCGAACCCGCCUUUUUCUUCUUUCGAUGACGCUAAACUGUUCCUCGCUGCAGUUGCCAAGUACAACAUGAUCCCAACAAUCGCUGACCGUGCCAAGGAACUGGUCGCAGACCAGUUUCUGAAGGAACACACCGUCUCCUUGUAUGCAGUCGCAUGCGAACAUGGGUGGUGCGAUCUUGCGAGAAAGGCAGCAUGGGCAGCGUUGAAGAUUAGGGAUUUAGGGCAGCCAGGUCGGGGAGGAUACGUCAAGGAGUUGGAGACCUUGCCGGCAGCUGCAUUUUACAGACUGCUGGAGUAUCAUCAUGCAUGUGGUGUCAUUGCUAGCGAGCUGAAGUUCGAUUCCGCAUCGUUCCCACCAGCCGGGUGCCCUGGAGAUAUGGAUGUAUGCGCGUGGAACGAGCAUCGCCAAUGGCUUGUGAAGAAGUAUGUGAAAGUCUGUCGUAGCAGACUGUUGACUCGGCCACACCCGUCUACAAUUCGAAGAACGUCUACCAAAGAAUGGCUUUAUAACGACGAACGUACCCUCAAACUCCAGAUGUGCCCUAGCUGCCCUGCACAAUUCAAGUCGUUCCGCAGAGCCUAUGCCGCGAAGGUCAGAGGGGCAAUUUCCACAGUAGAAUUGGAAUUUAGGUCUUGAUCGCCAGGACCACGCACAUGUAGCAGCAGACAACCGGUUUCAUUUUGUCGAUCUUAG